CAAUUGGUAAGAGAGGUAUUCUUUUAAUUAUUUGCAAUUGGAAUGUAUUUAGAAUUGUUCACUUAAAAUAUUAAAUGUUACUUUUAAAUGAUAAAAAAUGACUAGUACAUAUACAUAUACGUAAAUGUACUAUACAGGGCGCGCCCAAAUAACAUGUACAAGUGGGCAGGAGGUGAUUUCUUAUAACAAAAUAAGAAAAAUAUAAGACUACAAUUUUUUUAUUUUCAGCUUUGUUUUCGAAAUAAUUAAGUUUGAAAGUCGGGUUUGUAUUUUACGUACUUACGACUAAGGUGAGAUUCAAUCAAGCGGUAUAUGAUGUCUACAGGAUAAAUAAUGUGUUUGUUUAUAAUGUUCACAGGAUUUUUACAAAUUAGUGCAAUCCGUAAAGAACAACAAUCGAUUUGUUAUGUAUUAUUAAGUACAAAAUUUAUGAAAAAAUUCAAAAUUCAUGGCUGUGUUCGUUUAAUAAUUCGAUUGAUCGAUCGGAUUAUAUCAACGUACUUUCGAUUCGUGAAAGUCAUCAUUGUUAUAAAUUAAUGAAAACUGAGUGUCCACGAUGAACUGAUAAAUCGACAAGGGUAUCAAAAAAUUUUAGAACAUUGUUUACAAACAGGAUAGAAGUUAUUACGUUGCUUGCUGAAUCGUAUCUUAGCCCGAUUGAAUACGAUGAAUGGUGUAGUUCAAUUAAUAACAAAGAAGAAUUUACGAGUGGAUCGUACUCGCGUCGGAAUAUCUCGUCGACGAGAGCACUGAUUGUUCGCAUAUGUAAGCGACAGGUCCGUGGGUGUAGAAGUUCUGACAAUUCUUCUUAGCGAAGUCGGCGUUCAGGCACGCAUGGUCGGUACAACGGACAGGCAGAUAGUCACUGUGCAGGGUGUCACUUCCGUUGACAGAGAAAUCAUUGUCAGUGUGGAACGAAUAUUGCCCGCAACAGCGUACACAGUAGCGAAUCUAUGAACACAUCACGAUUACAAACAUUUUUCUAAUGUUCUACGAGCCGGAUUUGAGAUGCAACCGAGAAAAAUUCGCUGGAUCGUUCAAGUCGAGGAGGAUCCAUGGCGGGGCGAGAGCGUCGAGGAGCAAAUCUGUUGUAUCAAGGAUGAACGAGAAGACGUGCAGAAGAAAACAUUCGCGAAGUGGAUAAACUCGCAACUGCUCAAAAAUCACCACGAACCGAUUACCGAUUUAUUCGUCGACUUACGAGAUGGCAAUCGUUUACUGUCCCUUUUGGAAGUUCUUACAUCGAAAGUUUAUAAAAGAGAACGUGGUCGAAUGAGAGUUCAUCAUCUGAACAAUGUUAACAAAGCAUUGCAAAUUCUGGAGCAAAAUAAUGUGAAGCUUGUAAAUAUUAGCAGUAACGAUAUCGUUGACGGUAAUCCUAAGCUAACACUUGGAUUAGUGUGGAGCAUUAUUUUACAUUGGCAGGUACAUUAUCAUCUGAAAGACUUAAUGACGGAACUGCAACAAACAAAUUUGGAAAAAACACUUUUAGCGUGGUGUCGUCAGAAUUCGCAGCAUUACUCUGGCGUUGAUAUUAAAAACUUUACGACAUCCUGGUCGGACGGUUUAGCGUUCAAUGCGAUUCUUCACAGAUGGAAACCGCAUCUGUUUGAUUUUAACAAUAUAUCGCGAAAACAUCCAAACGCCAGACUAGAUCAUGCGUUUCGCAUUGCCCAAGAACAGCUGGGCAUCGAACGUCUGUUGGAUCCAGAAGAUGUGAAUACAUCAGUGCCAGAUAAAAAAUCGAUAAUGAUGUACGUUAUGUGUCUCUUUCAAUCGCUACCACAUUCCGGGGACGAUAUAGGCGAAAUAGAUCUUUCGGUGGCGAGCGAUGGUAGUCCGGUUACAACGCCUGGAGCCGAGAGUACGUUAUCUUUCACAAAUUUCGGAACACCGACUUCACGACCGAUGAGUCUAGCGACGAACGUGUCGGUGGAACUCGGUGGUUAUCAAGUUGCUCUCGAGGAAGUGUUGACCUGGCUUCUAGAGGCAGAAGAUAAAUUGAAUCAUGCUCCGGAGCCAGGGUCUAGUUUAGAAGUGUUGAAGCAACAAUUUCACGAGCACGAAACAUUUUUAAUGGAGUUAUCUGGACAUCAGGGCGGGGUUGGUGCUGUAUUGGAGGAAGGUGCGAGAUUAUUAGCAGAAGGAGGUUUGCAUAAGGACGAGGAGCACGAAGUACGCGUUCAAAUGUCGUUAUUAAAUUCUCGAUGGGAAGGGCUUCGAAUGCGUGCAAUGGAGAGGCAAACUAAAAUUCACGAGGUUUUAAUGCAAAUGCAGCAAGGCCAGUUAGACGCGUUGCGGCAGUGGUUAACAGGAACUGAAGAUAGAAUUUCACUAAUGGCAGCCGUUGAAUUGAAUCCAUCUGCCUUGGACGAACAACUGAAACAAUUAAGUGAAUUGGAGCAAGAUAUUGAGGCGCAACAAGGAGUUGUUGAUGGAAUGAGAAAUAUGGUAGUUGUUGUCGACGAGGAAAAUUCAGAGGCAGUUUAUGCUCAAAUGGAAGAUCAAUUAUCUGCUCUUGAUGAACGGUGGACCCAUAUCUGUCAAUGGAAAGAAGAAAGAAGGCAACGUUUGCAGUCUCUUUCUUUGCUUUGGCAAAAUAUCAACGACGAUUACAAGAGAUUGAUGUCGUGGUUGAACGAAACCGAAAUUACGUUAAAACAAAUGGAAGCGAAUCCGGCAUCGGAGAUUGGCGAAGUGUUGGAGAGAAUAAAGAAAUUACAGAUUUUGAAGAUGGAAAUGGAUGCGAAUCAAAAGAAAUUGACGUCCUUGCAAGAAUCAGUCCAAGAAUUAGAGGGACAAAGUACAUCGCCGGAGUGUGUUAAUGUAUUAGAAAAAAUCGAAAAUCUCCAAGAUCGAUGGGAAGCUGUGGGACAAAUAAUGGAAGUACAAACUCAAAGGAUAACUAAUUCGGGAUUCGAAUUUGAUCUGAAGUCUGAGAGGGAAACAACAGUGAUUUCGGGUAAUGAAUGGAUGAGUGAAACAGUAACGAGUAUCGCUUAUAAAGAAGAAAUUUCAGCAACGUCUAUACCGCAUAGUGAUUCAAAGAAACGUCGCGUAGAUAGCACAGCUAGACACGAAUUUGAGUCGGCUCUGAAUAAUCUUUAUAAGUGGCUUGAUUAUGUUGAUUUAGAAAUUGGACGUUCCGAAGGAGUAUUCGACGAAUUAAGCGUUGAAGAAAAGAAAGUAGUGUAUAAUGAUACAGUAGUUGAUAUAGAGUCACAUAAAGACGACUAUAACAGAGUUCUGGAAUUGGGGAAACAACUUCUUGAAGAGUUAAAUAACGCAAACGAAUCAACUGACGCGGAAGAUUCGAAACUCAAAGAUGUACAGAAUUGUUGGUUGGCAAUAAACAAUAGGCUGGAAGAAAUAAGAAGUCGUAUAGAAUAUCUGGAGGAAGUAAAAAAGUUUCGAACGGAAUUGGCUAGUUUAAAUUUAAUGUUGGAUAGUUACUCCAAAUGGUUGGACUCGAAUAAAAGAAACAAUCAAAUCGAACCGUUUAGGGUAAAACUGAAAUCAAUGAAAUCUCACGAAGAACGCAUGAAAAAAUUGAUGGAGAAAGCCAAAGAAUUAUCGGAAAAUCAAACUGGUAUUAAUGAAAGCGGCAAUGUAAACGCAGAUAUACAAACGUUUGUUUCUAGUUGGGAAGCAUUAUAUCAAAUGCUGUCUGAAAGGCUAGCUGAAUUAAAUAAAGCGAUUGAUAAAACACCACCAAAGAAAUAUACAGAGGCAGUUGCUAAUCUCACCUCCUUUAUUAAUAACGUAGAAAGUAUGUUAUUAUCGGAACAUAUAGUAAUGUCAGAUGACAAAACAAUGGCGGAGCAGUUAAAAAAAUUCAGUGAUCUGCAAGAUUCCCUGAAAGAACAUCAAGAGAUUUUCAAUUAUGUAAACAGUAUUGGGCAUGAAUUAAUAAUGAAAACUAACGGAGAGUCUCAGGGGCAAAGACUUAAAGAUGAAUUACAAGACCUUAAUACAAAAUGGAGCGACAUACCUAUAAUACUGGAAGAACGUCAACAAAAUUUGUUGAAAGACAUGCAGUCUUUGAAAUUAUUCAAUAAUGAACUCUCUGAUCUCGAAUGUUGGCUUGAAAAAUCAUAUCAAUAUUUAGAGGAACUAUCAAAAGACGAUGUAAAAAAUGACGUCGAAGCUAUGGAGUUCAAGUUAAAACAGGUUCAGUCUCUUUGUGAGGACAUAAAUCAAACAAAACCAAAAAUAGAAAGACUUCAAACAUCCACGAAUAAACUGCUUGAAAAUUCUGAACCAAAAUUUGCAAAUGUAUUGAACAGUAAAUUAGAAAUUAUAUCACAUAAAUGGAAUGUAAUUGUAGACGGUGCUAAAGGUUUAAAUGAUAAGUACGAAGAUACUCUAAAGAAAAACGACGAGAUAAUAAAUGGAAUAGAAGAUUUUACAAAAUGGUUAUCAGCUCUCGAGAAAGAAAUACCGGUUGAAACUAAAAUAACAUCUUCGGUUGAACUGUUUCAAGUUCGUGGUCGAUAUCAAUUGUUGAAAGAAAAGAUUGAUAAACGCGUAGAAGAAUUUAGAAAUCUUAAUGAAAUGGGCAAUGAUAAGCUGUUAAGUUCGGAAGGAUCCUCGGUUCAAGAACUUGGUAGACGUUUCACAUUUUUAAAUGCCCGGUGGACUGAUGUUACAGAUCGUAUUUAUGAGCGAUAUAGACAUUUACAAAAUGCUAGUCAUGAAUAUGGCGAAUUUCGUGCUUUGGUUGCACAAGAGAGUGACUGGUUGGAUAAGUUAGAUAAAAGACUCAAAAGAUCAACAGAAACUGCUGCAGAUGCCGAAGAAAUAUCGGAAGAACUUGAUGACUUGGAAAAUUACAUACGAAACCAUCCAGAAUUAAGGCUUGAAAAAAUACAAGAAAUUGGUAAACAGUUGAUUGACAGUAAUAUCAUGACACAAUCCAUUCAAACAGAUGUAGAGAGCUUGACAAACCGUUGGGAAAGUUUAAAUAACCAGGCAGGGCAGCGAGCCAAGUUGCUGGAAGGAUCAGUGAAGCAAGCACAACAAUCAGAAGGACGCAUCCUUGCUCUUCAACAUUCCUUAACGCAAAUAGAUUCUGUACUAACUGCACGUCUUGACUGUGACCUUACUGCUGAUGAUUUGCCUCAUGAUUAUCAGAAAUUAAUGGAAGAAAUGGAACACCAACGGUUAACACUUCAAGAAAUGGCAAUGCAAAUUGAGUCAUAUAAAGCCUCUGGAAAACAAGAAGCUGCACUCAGACUGCAAGAGCAACUGUCUCUUAUAGAGCAAAAGUUCUCUGAAGUUCAAAAGAAAUUUCAACGUUUUCGUUGUCCAACGAAUUUAGAACCAAGAUUAUCUAGGGCUUUACGAGAACUUAGAGGAAUAGAAGAAGCAACUUGUUUAUUAGAAUUGUCAUCAGAAGAUCCAGAGGCCAUUGAAGGCCAACUUAAACAUUGUCUGCGUUUUUAUCAAACAUUGAGUGAAAUUAAAAGUGAAAUAGAAAAUAUUAUUGUCACUGGUAGGAAAUUAGUUGAAGAUAAAAGUGUUCUUGAACCAGAGAAGUUUUCACGAAAAAUUGAUAUGUUGAAGGAAUUGUAUAAUAAGCUGGGAUUGCAUAUAACUGAAUCCAAAUCGGCCUUGGAAUCUGCGUUGGAUUUAUCGCGCGAUAUGUAUAAAAAUAUGUCUUACAUUAAUAUGUCCAUAGAUAGUAUUAACAAAGAAUUAGAUACACAAAAGAAUAUGCCAGACCUACCAGUUAAUGCGAUAUAUGUACGAGAAACUUUGACAGAGGUAAUCCCAAGAUUAAAUGCUGUGAAAGAUAAGUUAUUAAAAUCUCAAGAAGAGUUUUCCAAGCUUUGUGACCCUAUGUAUUUAGAUCAACUUAAAGAAAAGUUGUCAGACGUUGUGACUAGAUUAGCGAACACGGAAAGAAGAUUGAAACUUUGUAAUGCCACCGAGGAAGAACCUAAUGUUGACGAAAUAAAUGCAUGGCUUUUACAAGUCGAAGAUAAGUUGAAUAAAUUAGAUACUGUACCAGUUGAUCAGUUGACAGAAAAUCAUUUUGAACAGUGCAAGGAUGUUCAAAGCGAAAUGAUAGAAACAAAACCAAAGGUUAAUCAGUUACAACGUUAUACGUAUUAUCCAAAAGUGGCCGAAGUUUGUGACAAGUGGGAAGAAAUAUCCAAUAGAAUACAAGAAUGGAUCCACAAAAUCACAGACAAUUUAUUAAUAAAAACUAAGGUGGGUGAAAGUAAGGGGAGAGACAAUUACGGACGCAUUAAAUCGUCUAGACUGCCGGAUCAGACUUCGGUGCAGCUAGUUAAAAAAGAAAAUAAAUUGAUAGAUGAGAAUGAGGAAGUAUAUGGAAUAGGAUAUCUUAAUCCUGCAUUUGAUGAUAAUCAAAGUAAUGUUAUGGGUACACCUGAAAGCUCGCCAAUUGAUAUUGUUCAUCGAAGUCGAAAGUCGCUUGUAAAGUCGGAAAAAAUAAAAACCAAAAUCGUAGAUGUUAGUAGAACCGUUAGACGGAAGUUAGACAUGAGCUCUAUACCUGAUGUAGUUCAAACCUCCCAGCCGCAAGUUGUUCAUAUCGACGAUGAUUUGCCUUCGUCAUCCCCCGACACAGAUGCAUCCAUGGCUGACGAAGAAUUCUUCUUAACAAAAAAUAGCUCCUUGUUCUUUCAAGUUUCUUCUAAUACGUUGGUUACAACAGAAUCGAAACUAUAUAACCCAUAUAGUAUGCAAACGAAUCCUUUUCGUAUCGUAGAAGUGAAAGAAAUGGAAAUAAUAAAAUCAAUUGCAUCCCCCGAGGAUCACGUAAUAUUACCAAGUGCGAAUGUCAGUGUCGGAUUAAUGCCACAAGUCGUUGAGAGAGUAGAAAUUGUUGAGGAUACAGAGACAGAACCAGAAUCGGUCGACACUGAUUCAGAAGAUAAAGAAGUUAGGGGAAAGAUUAGUAGUACAAUUGGUAGUGGUAAUCAAGUCAUUAACAAGAAAAGGGAGCUUAUUCCGAUUUUAAAGAAAAAUAAGUCAGUAGAUCCACAUUCUACAAAAAACAUUAAGAAACUAUCUCUUAAAUUAAAUAGUGAAGGUGUUCAGUCAGAUCAUCAAAUUUUAAAUAUAAACACACAAUUACCUUGUAAAAUAAAUAGAUUUGAUAAAACUACAGUUUCUAUGUGGAAAGAUAAAGAUAGUAUUGCUGAAUAUCUUAUUCUCGAGGACAGUGGAACAAACUUAAAGAAAAAUUCAGGAGGCACUACCACUGGCAUUCCUCUUCUCUUACCGAUCAGCCACACAAAAACAAGAAAAGAGCACACUAACGAUAAAUGGUUAACAUUCGUAAAAGGCACUGAGUUUUCUAAAUCACGUAAUGAUGAGAACGAAAAUCUAGACUAUGAUAAAAAUACGAGAUCUUCGUUAUUUAAACGUACAAGAAGUAUAUCAAAGGAUGAUACCUUAGAAGAUUGCGAUAGCUUUUACGGAAGCGAUAAAGAAACUGAUGAUAUUUUAAUAUUUUCUGAUGACACAGAAAUUGAUGUUGGAAGUUCCAGUUCAGAAGGGGAAGAUCCGAAUUUAGGAGAACAUGUUGAGCACCUCUUGGGCAAGAUACAGGCUGAAAGAUUAUCACAGGAAUUGCAGCAUAAAGCUGAUGUAAGAGUUCCAGUUGAUAGGAGAGUUUUUAAAACUAUACCGAAUUUAUCUAGAACUGGUUUGGAAAAAUGUAUUUUGGAAUUCGAACAAUCUGCUCAACUGAUGUUGCACAGGAUGGAUGUUAUGUUAAUGAGCAUCAGUGGUAUUAGUAAUGAAAAGGAUCCUACUAAGCGUUUGGAGGUACUGGAGGAAGAAGUUAGUACUCUUGCUCCAGAUGCAGCAGCUCUGAUCAGCAAAGGUGAUGGUUUAGUUAUGACAGUGGAUAUGUCUGAUCCUGUUAGGGCUGAAAAGAUAAAAAAUGAACAUCAGGAUAAAUUAAGGAGUAAAUGGCAUCAAGUGAUGUCAGAGAUUGAAACUAGGCGAAUACAAGCACAACGGGGCGAAGAAAUUUUACGACAGUAUAACAACAUAAUAGCAGAAUUUGAAGAUUGGUUCAGAGACGUGCCAUUAAAACUUGAACAAGUCAAUAAUUACGAAGGACACUUAGAAUCGUUUACAGAAGAAUUUGACGCUAAACAAGAGCAAAUUCAUAAAUUGAAUGAUCUGUCUAUUGAAUUAAAAAGACUGAAUGUUGGAUACUCCGAAACUGUGCGUUAUAAUAUUAAUAGCAGGUGGCAAGAAGUUAGUUCACAAUUUAAAAGAUAUAGUGGAAGCAAGGAUAAGGAUAAACACGUGACCGACAAAAAAGUUGAAGUGGACGUGGGCGGAAUUGACUUGCAAGAAUUUACUACAAGAGUGAACAAGAUCAGAGAAGCAGUCGUGACUGUGACGAGAUCUCUGAAUUCAGUACCAUUAAAUGGCGAUGACUAUGAAAUGUUUGGAAACCAAGAGGAAUGUUUGAAAAAAAUUAGUAAUGCUUUAAACAUUCUUAAACCCAGUAUCGAAGAAAUUAAUUCGGUGUUUGAAAGCGUUGCUUCUCAAUUAAGAAGAGAACAAGCCGAACAAAUUAGACGCUUGGGUGAUAAAUUACGAGAGGAAUGGAUGAAUGUUAAUCAGAGUUAUGUAGAAAGGUAUAAUCGUUGGAAUAAAUGUUACGAAAAGUGGAAAGAACUUUAUCAUACGUGUCGGACUUUCUCUGACUGGCUGGAUAAAAUGGAAGAGACAUUGAAAAAACUGAAUUCUCUUGGUUACUCUAAAACAUCAAAGACAAAAGUAUUUGAAUUGGAACAAGAAAUGUCUAGAAUGCAGAAAAUUAAGAAUAAUAUUAAUGUAUCGAGUGCUAGUAUUUUAUCUCGUGCUAAAGCUGAAGACAUGGUCGAGCUAAAGGAAACGAUCAACACCAUAAAGCGUCGCUGGCAAAAUAUCGUAGUCGACUUAAAUGCAAGGAAAGAAAAAAAUUUUGCUAUGGAAAGAAAAGUGAACAACGAAGGAAGAAUCUUAGAAAGUGCUUACAAUAUCUUGGAGCAAAUAAAUUCCUUGUUGGUAUCAGCAGCAAAUCCUUCAGACGAGACUUCGUUAUCAAUAAGAUUGUCGUUGAUCAAGGCAAGACAAGAAGAACUUUCUUCCCGUAAAAGAUCUUUACAGAAUUUAGUUAAUCAAAAUGGUAUACAUCCAGGGGAGGAUGAAUGUACUAAACUCCUUGCUGAUAUGGACAAGGCUAAUUCGAGUCUUUCUAAUCAUCGCGAAUAUGUUGAAAAUAAACUUGCCUCUCUUAAAAAAUAUAUGUGUACUUUGGAUGCCGUUAUGGUAUGGGUUAUGGAAACGCGGACGAGAAUAAACAUAUCUCGCGAAUUACCUCAACAAGGACGAACCGACGUUAUCAAUAAUGUUAUGAUUAAAGUUGAAGAUCGUAAAAUGGAAGUGAAAGACGUGUUGGAGAAUUACACCAAUUUGGAGAAAGAAUGCGAGUCUGCAAAACAGCCCAUUUCUGUAGAAUUACACGAAAAAUUGAAGAAGCUGAGGGAAGAUUGGCAGUUUGUGAAGAAUAGUGGCGAGUCGCAGAGUCAUGAAAUAAAAUCUACGGAACAGCUGGGUACGUAUUCGUCGGGGAUAGAAUUCGAGAGGAGUGCAGGCGCUGCACCGGGGUCGGCGGGUGCAACUGCAGGGGGCUCUCGGGGGUUGGCAUCUUCCCCUGCCCCCUCGACACCCUCGACCCCCCUUGCUACCAGUAGCCCCUUAGUCUCAACCUCCUUGCCUUCGUCGUCACCUUCACCUUCUUCCUCACCUUCUGCUCUUGUAGCGGGCUUUGAUAAAUCGGUACUACAGAUACGCGAUUGGCUCACAGUCGAAGAAGAGAUGUUACGACAACAGGCGGUGGUUGUCGGCGACGUCGACGAAAUUUUGCAGUUACUCGAUAAACAGAAGAAUGUUUUACGAGAGCUGGAACAGAAAAAGCCGCAGCUGGACGAGCUGGUUCACACUGCGGAAAACCUACGCGCGGACACGAACAGACAGCAGCUGCACGGUAAAGGCACCGAGAAGAUACAACCUCCUGGCUGGAGGUAUUCGUCCCACGGUUCUCCUAUGAGAACGCCAACGAGUUCUGGUCACGGCACCCCCCAGGACUCGCCCCACGUGGCCAGACAUCGCAGAGACUCCGAGCACUCGUCCGGUAUGGGAUCGAGACGAGGUUCGUCGGACGUCGUUUCGCCUCUACCGGAAGGUCCCUCCGGAUCCCCGGACGGUCGAGCACGUCGCCCGUCAGACUACAGUCCUCAUCAGGUUACGAAGCUGAGAGAGCAUUGGGACGAGACGAACUCGAAAGUGAUGCAAAGGAAGACGCAGUUGGACGCGAUGCUCGGGGACAGUCAACGAUACGAGGCGAAGAGGAACGAGGUGGAAGUCUGGCUGGCACGAAUGGAAACUCGGCUGGAGAAAAUGCGGGCCGUCGGGCACACCGCCGACGUUCUCGAGGCGCAGCUACGGGAACAAAAGUCGUUCCACGCGGAGCUGCACCAGUACAAGCAUCACAUUGAGCUCUUCAAUCAGCUCACGCAGAAGCUGAUAGCCGUUUAUCAGCAGGACGACACUACUCGCGUGAAAAAGAUGACGGAGACCAUCAAUCAGAGAUACAACAAUCUGAACACCAGUAUCAUCAAUCGAGGAAAACUGCUUCACUCCGCGAUGAACUCCCUCCACAACUUCGACCGGUCCUUGGACAAGUUCUUGGCUUGGUUGAGCGAAGCCGAGUCCUCGAUGGAGGGAUUGGAAGCGGAGGCCGAUCGACUAGGUGGACGACGGGACCAGGGUGCGCUCAGACGACCGCAACAUCAGCUUAAGAUAAAUCAACAGAAAUUCAAUAUCGAAAGGAGACGGCAUCCCACCGAGCAAGCAAAGGACCUCCAAUCGGAGAUAGAAACACACCGAGACGUGUACGCGUCCCUAAAUGGCACGGGACGAAAAUUGUUGAGCUCUUUGGCCAGCCAAGAUGACGCCGUUAUGCUGCAACGUCGGCUGGACGAGAUGAACCAAAGAUGGCAUCACUUGAAAGCGAAGAGUAUGGCUAUACGAAAUCGAUUGGAGAGCAACACGGAACAUUGGAACGCUCUGCUCUUAUCUUUGCGCGAGCUCAUUGAAUGGGUGAUAAGAAAAGAUACAGAGCUCACUGGUCUGGGUCCUGUCUGCGGUGACGUAGCUGCCUUGCAGAAACAACAGGACGAUCAUCGCGGCUUCAGGAGGCAGUUGGAGGAUAAACGACCGAUCGUGGAGAAUAACCUGCUGAGCGGGCGCCAGUACAUCGCCAACGAGCCGCCGCUCUCCGACACCUCGGAUUCCGAAGCCGGAAGAGAAUUGGACGGCGAUUCGAGGGGCUACAGAAGCGCGGAGGAGCAGGCACGCGAAUUAACGCGCAGCAUUCGCCGUGAAGUGAACAAACUUUCGGAGCAAUGGAACGCCCUAAUCGAACGUAGCGAUGUGUGGAAGCGGAAACUCGACGACACCGCCAACAAAAUAUGUGUCUUCCAAAAGUUACUCGAGGAUUUGUCGUCGCGGAUGGCCGCUGCCGAGGCGAUCCAGAGCGGCUGGCAAAAUCCAAGCGACGCCAACGAGUCGACGGAAUUGCUGGAGCAAUUGCAGAAAUUCGGCGAACGGCUGGUGCCCAUUCAAAGGAACAUCGAGGACGCGAACGAUCAAGCGAGCGUCUUCGCCUCGAGCAGCGUCAUCGUUUGUCAUGCUUUGCUGGCGAAACUCGAAGAUCUCAACACCAGGUGGAAGGUGCUGCAAGUGGCGGUUGACGAGCGUUACAAGUUGCUAAGCGGAUUUGGAAAGGAUGGCAGCACUCCGGGUAGCCAGGCUUUUCUCGCGAGCAGCGUGGAACCACCAUGGGAGAGAGCCCUCACACCCGCCAAAGUGCCUUACUAUAUCAACCAUCAGUCGGAGACCACCCACUGGGAUCAUCCUAAGAUGAUAGAACUGAUGUCUUCUCUAGCAGACCUGAACGAAGUACGAUUCUCCGCGUACAGGACCGCGAUGAAGCUGCGCACCGUUCAGAAACGGCUGUGUCUGGACAUGUUGAGCCUCUCCACCGCGUUAGAGCAGUUCGAUUCGCACGGGCUCCGAGCGCAGAACGACAAACUAAUCGACAUUCCCGACAUGGUGACAGUCCUGACGUCUCUGUACGAAGUGAUAACGGCUGACAAUCCGACGCAGGUGUCUGUGCCGUUGUGCAUCGAUUUAGCCAUCAACUGGCUCCUCAAUGUAUAUGAUAGUCAACGAACCGGUCAAAUUCGCGUGCUUUCCUUCAAGGUUGGUUUGGUCUUGUUGUGCAAGGGUCACUUGGAAGAAAAGUAUAGAUAUCUGUUCCGGCUGAUCGCUGAUCCGAAUAGGUUGGUGGAUCAACGUAAACUGGGUUUACUGUUGCACGACUGCAUUCAAGUGCCCAGGCAGUUAGGCGAAGUGGCGGCCUUCGGGGGAUCGAACAUCGAGCCCAGUGUCCGCAGCUGCUUCGAAAAAGCCGGAAAGGACAAGAACGAAAUAGAAGCCGUGCACUUUUUGAGCUGGUUGCAGCAAGAGCCGCAGAGUAUGGUCUGGCUGCCUGUGCUUCAUAGACUCUCCGCGGCAGAGAGCGCUAAGCAUCAAGCGAAAUGUAACAUAUGCAAAGAAUAUCCUAUCACUGGAUUCAGAUACCGUUGCUUGAAAUGCUUUAACUUCGACAUGUGCCAGACCUGCUUCUUCUCGGGUCGCAAAGCGAAGAACCAUAAACUGACUCAUCCGAUGCAGGAGUACUGCACCGCGACCACGUCUGGGGAGGACGUACGUGACUUCACGAGAGCGCUCCGGAACAAAUUCAAGUCGAAAAGAUACUUCAAGAAGCACCCAAGAGUUGGUUAUUUGCCAGUGCAGACCGUGUUAGAGGGAGACGCGCUGGAGAGCCCUGCACCCUCGCCGCAGCACAGUUCCCUGAGCCAGGACAUGCAUUCGCGAUUGGAGAUGUACGCCUCCCGACUGGCGGAGGUCGAGCUGUCUCGCACGAGAAGCAACUCGACGCCGGACAGCGACGACGAGCAUCAGCUGAUAGCCCAUUAUUGUCAGAGUUUGAACGGCAGCGAUAACGUGAACGUGCCGAGGAGCCCGGUUCAAGUGAUGGCCGCGAUUGACGCUGAGCAAAGGGAGGAGCUCGAGGCGAUGAUACGCGAGCUCGAAGAGGAGAACGCGACCCUCCAAGCGGAAUACGAACGAUUGCGCUCGAAACAGACGCCGGGAUCCACGCCCGAAGACGGGCAUGGCAACAGACAACCGGAUUGCAACAUGAUAGCCGAAGCGAAAAUGUUGAGACAGCACAAAGGAAGAUUAGAGGCGCGUAUGCAGAUACUGGAGGAUCAUAAUCGUCAGCUAGAAGCGCAGCUGCAAAGACUCAGACAACUGUUGGACGAUCCGAAUGCUUCAUCGCCGUCGAAAACGGGCACGUUGCAGACGCGAAGCGUCACGGCGUCUCAAUUGGCGACCGAUUCUCCAGCGAAAAUGAACGGCCACUAUCACGAUUCUCCGGGUGGUGGAGGCUCGAACGAGGGAAGAGUGAGCAGUUUAGAGAGGCCACCACCGCCACCGCAUUCUCACAGCGUUGCCCAUAAUGUGGGUAAUCUCUUACACAUGGCAGGAGACUUAGGGAAAGCUGUCGGCGAACUGGUGACAGUGAUGACCAGCGAGGACUCGUCGAAAGCAAACGGACAAAGGGCGCCACCGCCGGCUUUUAAGUAACGACUUACACGACUACGUUCGAGAACAUUGAACGUCCGAACGAUUAACGACAAUGCGUCAAGCAGAAAAAAAUCAACUCGAUCGAUCCGUACAUUGUACGGGGAUCUACGAAACAUUAAUCUUAAUCAACGACCAAUAAGAAGCCUGGCUCUAAACAUCAUAUCAGAGAAAUGAUAUAUCGCGCAAAUGCAGGGUCAGGGGAGCCGUCAUAGUGGUUUUGGGUAUUUUAUAAGUUUUGAUAUACACCGUUGUAUAGCUAAAUUAUAUUAAUAAGACAAUUUAUGGUUUGGCUUUGGCGGUCCCCUGAGAGUAACUUUACUACAUAUUGACACGUCAUAUCAUGAAACUAAUCGUACGAGAAAAAAAAAAAUCAGUUGUUAUAUGCUUGCUAGUUAAACUAUACGAGAAGAAGAUGACGACGAUGAAGAUGAAGAAGCAAAUGAAAAUGAAUAUAAUGAUUAUAAAGAAUUACAUGAAAGGAAAUAUCAUUAACAAUGCAUGCAAAAGCAAUGUAUCAAAUCACGUAAUCUAUUAUAGAUCGUAGGUUAUAUUAACAUACCCAUUCUGUUCACUGCCACGGGCGCUUCCUCGACAUCAAUACAUAACACGAUGUACAUGUUGUGAUUCUAGACAACAUAUAAAAAGGAAACGGGAAAUAUAAAAGGAAAUCCAUAUACCUGACAUCUUUCCGUGACUUCUGCAAUCCUGUAUUUUACAUCUACACGUACCUACAUACACGCAUGCAUGGACACACCACAAACAAACACGGAACAAAUACAUAUCGUUAUACACGCGGGCGCGCUUACGUAUACAUAUACAUAUAUACAUACAUACGUUAUCACACGUACACUUGGGGACUUUUUGUAAUCGAUAAUAAAGCAAAGCAAUGUGCAUUAUGACUUUCAAAUUUAUUUUUUAUCCGGUUACAAUCGUUUUUUCAUAUUUUUAAAUGGACUUUAGAUGGCAAUGUCUCAUAUUUAAGUC